GCCGGAGCCGCCCCUCACCGAGCGCCGGGAGCCGCUGCUCCUGGCGGCCGAUGAGCGUCGGGCUGCGUCGCCGCUGCCGCCGCUCCGCGGGUGAAUGAACCUGUCCCGGACGGCGACAGCGGCUUCGCCUCGGGCUGCGGCACCAGCCUUCCCCAGGACAAAAUGGACGGGUUCGCCGGGAGCCUGGAUGACAGCAUCUCAGCUGCAAGCACAUCUGAUGUCCAAGACCGACUUUCAGCCUUAGAGCUGAGAGUACAACAACAAGAAGAUGAAAUCACUGUCCUAAAAGCAGCAUUGGCUGAUGUGUUAAGGCGCCUUGCUAUCUCUGAAGACCAUGUAGCUUCUGUGAGAAAAUCAGCUCCAAGUAAAGGUCAGCCAAGCCUCCGAGAAGCUAUCUCGAUGUCCUGUAUUACCAAUGGGAGUACAGGAAGCAGGAAAACAAGCCACAGUUCCUCUGUAUCUGUUGCCAGAAAAGAAACUUUUUCAUCUGCUGCAAAAAGCGGUACAGAAAAAAAGAAGGAAAAACCUCCUGGACAGAAAGAAAAAAAAGAGGAAUCUCAUUCUAAUGAUCAAAGUCCACAAACUCAAGCAUCACCUUCUCCCCAGCCGCCCUCACAGACUCUCCAAACACACAGGCAAACUCCAGAAAGCAAGAGUUCUGCUCCAACUAAAAGCAUAAAGAGAUCGUUGACUGCUGAAAAACCUCACAGUGCUUGGGAGAGCUCAGAUGACAGUCGUAACAAGCUACUGAGAGUAGCAUCAACAUCUAAAUUAAUAUCGAAAGUGGCAAAGAAUGCAGACAAGCACAAAGAUGUCAUCAUCAGCCAAGCAAAAAUGUCAACUCGUGAAAAAAACAGCCAAGAGGGAGAAUAUAUCAAGAUGUUCAUGCGGGGUCGACCAAUCACAAUGUUCAUUCCUUCUGAUGUAGAAAACUAUGAUGAUAUUAGGACUGAGCUGCCUCCUGAAAAGUUAAAACUGGAGUGGGUAUAUGGAUACCGUGGAAGAGAUUGUAGAGCCAAUGUUUACCUCCUUCCUACCGGAGAAAUUGUAUAUUUCAUAGCAUCAGUUGUGGUACUAUUUAAUUAUGAAGAGAGAACUCAACGACACUACCUGGGUCAUACAGACUGCGUUAAAUGUCUUGCAGUUCAUCCAGACAAAAUUAGAAUUGCAACAGGACAGUUAGCUGGAGUGGAUAAAGAUGGAAGGCCCUUGCAGCCCCAUGUUAGAGUGUGGGACUCAGUGAGCCUGGUGACACUGCAGGUUAUCGGCCUGGGGACUUUCGAGCGUGGAGUUGGGUGCUUGGAUUUUUCAAAAGCGGAUUCUGGUACUCAUUUGUGUGUAAUUGAUGACUCUAAUGAACAUAUGCUCACUGUAUGGGAUUGGCUGAAAAAAUCAAAAGUAGCAGAAAUAAAGACUACAAAUGAAGUUGUGCUCGCUGUAGAAUUCCAUCCAACUGAUGCAAAUACCAUAAUAACAUGUGGCAAAUCUCAUAUAUUUUUUUGGACUUGGAGUGGCAAUUCGUUAUCAAGGAAGCAAGGGAUAUUUGGGAAAUAUGAAAAGCCCAAAUUUGUUCAGUGUUUGGCUUUUUUGGGAAAUGGUGAUGUGCUCACUGGAGACUCAGGUGGGAUAAUACUUAUAUGGGGCAAAACUACUGUAGAAUCUACUCCAGGAAAAGGACCUAAAGGAGUAUAUCAGAUAAGCAGACAAAUCAAAGCUCACGAUGGCAGUGUAUUUACCCUCUGUCAAAUGAGGAAUGGGAUGCUGCUAACAGGAGGUGGGAAAGACCGAAAGAUCAUUCUGUGGGAUCAUGACUUGAAUCCCGAAAGGGAAAUUGAGGUUCCUGAUCAGUAUGGAACAAUAAGAGCAGUAGCAGAAGGAAAAGCAGAUCAAUUUUUAGUGGGUACUUCACGAAACUUUGUUUUACGUGGAACAUUUAAUGAUGGUUUCCUAGUAGAAGUACAGGGACAUACAGAUGAACUCUGGGGACUGGCAUCACAUCCUUUCAAAGACUUAUUUUUAACUUGUGCUCAAGAUAGGCAAGUUUGUAUGUGGAACUCUGUGGACCACACACUGGAAUGGACCAGGCUGCUAGAUGAACCGGGCCACUGUGCCGACUUCCAUCCCAGCGGAGCGGUGGUUGCAAUAGGAACGCAUUCAGGACGGUGGUUUGUUCUGGAUGCAGAAACAAGGGAUCUGGUCUCAAUACACACUGAUGGCAAUGAGCAGCUCUCAGUGAUGCGCUAUUCAGUAGAUGGCACCUUACUUGCAGUUGGGUCCCAUGACAACUUUAUUUACCUCUACAUAGUAACAGAAAAUGGAAGAAAGUAUAGCAGACAUGGAAAAUGCACUGGACAUUCCAGCUAUAUUACACACCUUGAUUGGUCCCCAGACAACAAGCAUAUAAUGUCAAACUCAGGAGACUAUGAAAUACUAUACUGGGACAUUCCAAGUGGCUGCAAGUUAAUCAGGAAUCGUUCUGACUGUAAGGAUAUAGAUUGGACAACGUACACUUGUGUGCUAGGCUUUCAAGUGUUUGGAGUAUGGCCUGAAGGAUCAGAUGGGACAGACAUAAAUGCUCUUGUCAGAUCCCAUAAUCGAAAAGUGAUUGCAGUUGCUGAUGAUUUUUGUAAGGUCCAUCUCUUUCAGUAUCCUUGUUCCAAGCCAAAGGCUCCGAGUCACAAAUACAGUGCUCACAGUAGUCAUGUGACAAAUGUCAGCUUUACCCAUAGUGAUAGUCACUUGAUCUCAACUGGAGGGAAAGACAUGAGUAUUAUCCAAUGGAAACUUGUGGAGAAGGUAACUCUACCACAAAAUGACAUUGUUGUAGACAUCGGUGCAACCAAAGUGCCCAUUUCUGCCAGUGAGAAUGCUGUACAGUCUCCUGCUCCCCUCCCGCAGCCUUUUAACGAAAUGAACCAAAUUGAAAGUGUAACUGGCAGCUCUCCCGCCUCCCUGGAGAGCAACUUGGAGCAGUCUGCAGAGGCCAGUGAGGAACAGAGCGAGGAGCAAAGUGAUGGGAGCAGCCUGGACCCCGCGGAGCCAGGCUAUGAGGAGCCCUCCAAUGAGACGAGUGAGGAGCACAGCGAGUCCACGGUCACUGAGGAGCAGCAGGAGAACUCGCCAGAGUCAUAAUGCUCCCAGCUCAGAUGGUUGUUAUUGUCCCUUGGUGUGCGUGCUUUCAUUACAGGGUGAGGGUUCAAAUAGGCAAAAGUAGCUGAGAUUCAUGACCACUCCAGCUUUUUGAGUUUUGGUGAGAUUUUUAGUCUGAGCUUCAGUUCAAUAUGUGGAACCAUCCCAAGGGCCUGGCUUUGAUGGUUUGUAUCAAGAUCUGGUCAAAGUUAGUAGUGGACAUUAUCAUAGAUCCAUUGUAGUUCUGAAAUUGCUGUUAGGAAGUGGCAUGAAAUGUAUACUGGAAAAAAAAGUUAGCUCUAAGAAUUAGCUGAGAUAGACCACCUUACCUAUGUGAAAGGGCUUUCUGAAAGAGCUAAGCUGAUGGGAAGCACUGAGCAAUUCCAGCUGAGGAGUUACUGUGCUGCUUUUUCUAGGUGCAAAGACAAACAAAAACCAAAAAUCUCUUGGUAGGGCUGUUUUCCUUUGUUUUUUCUUAGUGAGAAAAAUAGAGGAAAAACAAUGUAAUGAUGCCACGUGUAUGGCAAUGCCUUCUUGAUCUAACACAUAUGCAAUUUUCUAACACUACUAAUUCCUAGUGGAGUCUGGACAUGCUCACAGUUGGUCUGCCCUGGGUGCUGCUAGUUCUAAGGCAAAUCCUAUUGAGGAAUGGUGUCAGCCGUUCCAUUUUUUUAGGCUACUUAAUAACAGACUAACCAAAUACUGGUGUGUUUCACUUUUCAUGACCUGAAAGUUGAUUUAAACAGUAGGAUCCAAUUGUCUCUUCAAAGAAUUGCCUAGAGAGUCUUUACAGUGACUUUGAUGUGAAUGGCAGAGAAUGUGCGACAAGAACACAAGUCAGAUGGGCUCCAGAGUUAAGCUUUAAGCCUUCAAGCAGAACUUGCUCCAUCCGUAGUAGGAGAAAAAUACAGUUAACUUAAAUUAUUAAAUCGGUGCUUGGGAUUACUAUAUUAAGUCGGUAAUUUUUUUCUUAAUUUUUAGAGGUAACUCCAGGAAUCAUUAAACUGCAAUCUUUUUUCUUUUUUUUUUUUUCUUUUUUCUUUUUUCUUUUUUCUUUUUUCUUUUUUCUUUUUUCUUUUUUCUUUUUCUUCUUUUCUUUUUCUUUUUUCUUUUUCUUCUUUUUC